GAGAGUAUAAAAAUGAGCCCACGUACUAGUUGCCCUCCUUGUACACAGCAGACAUGGGCAAAGUACUGUUUCUGGCGGCUCUGUGCCUCCUGCUGCACGUUCAGCUCGGCUCGUCUUUCAUACUGUCAUGCUACUUCACCAACUGGGCACAGUACAGACCACCCCCAACCAUCUACAUGCCCAAUGACAUUGACCCCUGCCUGUGUACCCAUCUCCUGUAUGCUUUUGCCACCAUCAAGAACAAUCAACUGGCAACGUUUGAGUGGAAUGAUGUGGAGCUUUACAGUCAGUUCAAUGCCCUGAAGAACAAAAAUGGCGACCUGAAGACGCUUCUCUCUGUUGGAGGAUGGAACUUUGGCUCUACAGGCUUCUCACAAAUGGUGUCGAGCCCUACCAACCGUCAGACUUUCAUCAAAUCGGUCAUUUCAUUCCUGAGGGAGUAUGAGUUUGACGGGCUCGACAUUGACUGGGAGUACCCAGCCAACAGGGGAGGCUCUCCCGAGGAUAAGCAGUACUACUCUGUUUUCCUGGAGGAGCUGAGAGCCGCCUUUGAGAGCGAGGCCAAGCGGAGCAACAAGGCUCGUCUUCUGAUCUCUGCGGCUGUGUCGGCUGGAAAGGACACCAUUGAUUCUGCUUAUCAGAUUCCCAAGCUCGGCCAGGCCCUGGACAUGAUUAACGUCAUGACAUACGACUUCCAUGGCUCUUGGGACCCCAUGACUGGUCAGUGCAGUCCACUGUUCAAGGGCCCUGAGGACCAGGAUGGCUUCAUGUAUUUCAACGUGGAUUAUGCCAUGAACUACUGGAAGAGCCAAGGAGCUCCAGCUGAGAAGCUGAUUGUUGGUUUCCCUACAUAUGGCAACUCAUUCACUCUCAGGAACCCUGCUGAGCACGGUGUAGGAGCACCUAUCUCUGGCGCUGGAACUCCAGGAAAGUACACUCAAGAGGCCGGGGAGCUCGCUUAUUUCGAGAUUUGUGGCUUUUUGAAAGACGGAGCGACUGAGGUUUGGAACCAGGCCCAGGAUGUGCCAUACGCCUACAAGGGGAACCAGUGGGUGGGCUAUGACAACAUGAAGAGCUUCCAGAUCAAGGCUGACUGGCUGACUAAGAGCAACUUCGGAGGGGCCAUGGUGUGGACCCUUGAUAUGGAUGACUACAUGGGCACUUUCUGUAACCAAGGAAAAUACCCCCUGAUUAAUGUUCUCAAAAAGAGCCUUAAUCUGGAACAAGCUUCCUGUGCCCCUCCUGCAACUCCCCUCCCUCCAAUUGUCGGAGUGAGCACAACUACCGGAAGCAGCUCUGGAGGAGGCUCCAGCGGAGGCUCCGGCGGUAGCAGCUCCUCUGGCGGGGGCUCUGGCACCAGUGGCAUGGACGGAAGCUUCUGCGCCGGAAAGGCUAACGGCAUGUACCCCAACCCAAAAAAUAAGAACCAGUUCUACAACUGCAGUCGUGGAAAAACCUACUUGGAGCACUGUGCCGCUGGCCUGGUUUUUGACAGCUCCUGUUCUUGUUGCAACUGGUCUUAAAGUUACAGAUUGACCGGUGAAUUAUUCAAAGGCUGGGUGACUCGGUUUGACAUUUGUUUUUACUUCUCACAAAGCCUCCUCCUCCAAAGUCCCUCCUUUCGCAUGCUGGAUAGAGGUUAGACAAUGUAAAACCUGGGGAUGUCUCAUUUUGAAAGCAAACUAAAUAAACCCUCAAAUUGACUCAA